ACUUCCACUAAAUCGUGACAGCUUCACAUCAAUUGACAUCUCUAAUCACACAAAAAAUACAAAUUUAGGCUAAAGACUUGUAAAGGCUGCUGGCAAUAAUAACAAAAUAAGGCGCAAAACACUAGAUUGUGUGCAAUCAAUUAAACAAUGCACACUAUGGAUCAGUACUUGAGCCGUCGAGAGAGUGGCUGGCUGCAUCUUAACAAGCACACCGGCGAGGAGAACCAUUUGAUGCAACGCAUUUAUAGUUCCAUGGCCAUGUUUAAUAGCUAUCAUGCCAAUUGCAUACCAAGCGCAGCUGGCCAAGCUACGGGUGCUAUAUUCAAUGUAGAGUUUAAUGGAGAUGGCAAUGUUCUUAUAGCGGCUACAGAGCGAAAAUGUGUUUUGGGAUUUGACGCAAUAACACAGCAAGAAAUCUUUAAAGUGCCCGAUGCGCAUACAAGCAGCGUGAACUGCAUAAAAUUUCUUGAUGAUCGUCUGUUUGCCACAGGAUCGGAUGAUUUUACCGUAGCUUUGUGGGAUUUGCGCAAUAUGAAACAGAAAAUACGCGUGCUACAUGGCCAUUCCAACUGGGUCAAAAACAUAGAGUAUUCAUCCAAAGACAAGCUGCUGGUUACUUCUGGGUUUGAUGGCAGCAUUUUCACCUGGGAUAUUAAUUCACAAACGGAACAAGGUCUCAUUUCACAACGUGUCUUUCAUGCCAGUGGCUUGAUGCGUUGCCGAAUCUCACCUGCUGGUGAUAAGUUGGUGCUCUGCACUAGCAGCGGUUACAUAAUGAUUGUGCAUCAUUUGGACUUGACAACAUUGCACAAGGAUCUGUGUGGCUUUAGACCUGGCAUCUAUAGACUUAUGCAGCUGGGCGAUCAGUUUAUACCACAGGCAGCGAAAUAUGAUCAUGUUUUCUCCAGACGCCAGAAAAAGAAUCGGGUCGAGCUGGUCACCGAUUUUCCAGAGCAGAAUGAUGCAGAAAUGAUAAUGGCGCUGCAGAUAGAUCCACACUGUCGGUGCAUGCUAACGCGUAACAUGAGCUGUGAUGAGCAAAGUGAAUGGACUUGUAUACAUGAUAUUAAUGAAGAGCCCGAGCACGCUGACAAGGUGGAGGAGGAGGAGGAAGAGCAUCAGCAGCCAACGUUAAAGAAAAGACGCACAUUAUUAAAUCAGCGCAAUGAAAGCCAAGGGCAGCAUCAGGAAUCAGAACAUGAACAUGCAUCAGAGUCACGUCCUUCGCUGCGUCGCACUCUGUUCGGCAGACCUGGACGCAUUAUGCCCCUGGGCAGUACGCCGGCAGCAAGCUUUAUUCCAGACAUAUGGGCUGCUGAGGUGACAGUACAGGAGCGUGCUAUACGUCAAAGUAGGGCACGUAACUCAAACAAUCAUGUAAGCGGCUAUAACUUUGUGUAUGCCAUAAGCAGUGGUGUGCUGCCGCUGCGCACCAGUCGUCGAAUAACCGAUACAUCAGAGCAGGCGGCGGAAGCAAGCAGUCCCAGCAAUAUCAACAACAAUAGCAAUGGCAAUAGUAACAACAACAACAACAACAACACAAACAGCAGCAGCAGCAGCACCAGCAGCAGUAGCAGCAGCAGCACUGCAAGCAAUUUCAAUAUACGCAUGCGAAUGAGUAUGCUGGCCGAUAUUUCAGCUACCGUCUCAAACGAUGAAUCUGCUACACAGAAUAUUUUGGUAAAUGCUAAGAAACUACUCUACUACACCUCCGAGACGAAUAACAAGCCGGGUUUGAUUAAAGAACCAGGCUUCUCUGCUGAUGGACGCAUCAUUUGCUCACCUUAUGCCAAUGGCGUGCGUCUUCUUAGCUAUAAGCAAGACUGCAGUGACUAUCCCAAUCAGCUGCUGCUUGAGGAGAUUAAACAGCAGCCACGCCCACUUAUCGAACUGGUGAACAUUAUUGAGCAUCAGGAUGUGGUGCUGUGCGCCAAGUUUAGUCCACGUGAGCCGCUGCUGGUAACUGGCUGUAACAGUGGCGAAAUCGCCUGGUACCGACCUUGCCUCUAGAUGCUCUUACUCUUUCUUUUGCUUUUUGUAUUUAAACAUUGUAUUUUUUAGUUUAGACAUUUAAUAGAUUGUAUAAAUGAAUAAUUAAAUGACAGCAGCUGUUUGCAUUAAACCAA